GGCCGAGGGGACAUGACAGGACAGGAGAGGACAGACCGGGCCGGGCCCGCCCCGCCCGCGCCCCGGGGCCCCUUAAAGUCCCUCGACCCCCCUCAGCGCCACUGGGCCCCUCAGCGCCCCAUGGCCUGUCAGUGCCCGCUGGGCCCCUCAGCGCCACUGGGCCCCUCAGCGCCUCAUGGCCUGUCAGUGCCCGCUGGGCCCCUCAGCGCCACUGGGCCCCUCAGCGCCUCAUGGCCUGUCAGUGCUCGCUGGGCCCCUCAGCGCCACUGGGCCCCUCAGCGCCUCAUGGCCUGUCAGUGCCCGCUGGGCCCCUCAGCGCCUCAUGGCCUGUCAGUGCCCGCUGGGCCCCUCAGCGCCACUGGGCCCCUCAGCGCCUCAUGGCCUGUCAGUGCCCGCUGGGCCCCUCAGCGCCACUGGGCCCCACAGCUUCCCAGGCCUGCCCAGGCCCCUCCAGCACCAACCGUGUGUCUCCAGCUGAGCACCUGAGCCGUUUUCUCCGCCGGCGCUGAGGCCACAGCCCUCCGGCAGCACCGACCGUGAGUCGCCAGCGGUGAGAGGCAGCACGCCCACCUUCCCAAAUCGCCGUGGCUUUAGAAGACACCGCUCAGAACAAACGCGUCCGAGGGAGAGCCGAUGGGCUUUGCCCUGUGCUGAGCAGGCGUGUCGGUGGGCAUCGUCACUUGGGGCCGAACGAGACCUGUGGAGUGCUCCCGUAACAGCGCUGAGAGGCUCGUGCGAUGCCGUGCCCCGCGGGUUGUCCUCCCCAGCUCGUACCCGGCUGCCGGCGGCGAUGGAGCGAUGGGGAGGGAGGGACUGGUGCCGUGCCAGGCGCAGCAAGGCGGCUUCUGCUCUCCUCACGCACCCUAAAGCAUCUCUUAGCAUCUCUUCUGCGACUGCAGUUUAAGUGAAGCCAAAAGGCUGGAAUUAGAACGAAAACUGAUGGAAUACGUACAGUCUGAUGCCUACCAAAUUAAAAUGAAACGCAUGAAGCUGCAAAAAUACUUGAAAGAAAUAGAGGAACGACAGAAAAGAGCUCGCGUGCGAAACCAGGCCCUUUUAAAGGAAUUCGACGAGUUCGAAGCUCAUUUGAAAACUUCAAAUUUGGAGAUGAGUCAGAAGAUGGAAGCCUGGUAUGAAAGAGAACUGAAAAGGGCGUCCUCACUUCAAGAGGGCGGCUCGUCAGCGGCGGGGGACGAGGAGGGAGCGGCCGAGGAGCAGGUGCCGUGGGCUGGGCGCCCGUUGGUUGUUAGCACCAGGGCCGCCGUCUCGCCCACCGGAGCUCUGGGCACGCUGCAGAAACGCCUCCAGCCCACGGAGAGCCGCUCGGCGCCCGGCCUGUCCUUGUGCUCUCCGUCGCUCGAACGGCUCGGUCCGCACAGCAGAAGUGCUGGUUUAGAAAGCGCUGCAUCAGCAGGAGGAGCAGCGAGUUGCAGAGGCCUGGCAGCUGGUGAGGAAGGCUCCAAGCAGCCCAUCUCCUCAGCAUCUGACCCCAAACCAGCCGCCCCGGAGGAGGAGCGGCCACGGGGAAGCGUCCCAGGACCAAAGCCUCUCCUGAGUACCCGGUGGCCUUGUGAGGAGGCGAGCGGGGAGGGCAGCGCUGAGCCCCCCGUCCCCACGAGCACGGAGGAGGUGACACUGCGGGGAGCGGCCUCGCCAGCGGCCGGCGGGGAGCGGGGCAGGGCCGCCUGCGCUGCGCAGGGCCCCCCGCUGCACCCCCAGACCCUGCCCUCGGCCAGCUCGGUGCCGCACAGCUUUUGUCCCGGGGCUGGCAGUCUGAAAGACGACGACCUUGAAGCACGCGAGGCAGCUGUCCUUCAUCAGCUUCGGGCUUUAUUCCCGGGCGCGCUGAACGGCUGCCUCCCACCUGAGAAAACACUCCCCGCUGGACGCAGAGCAGCGCCUGAAAAGCAAACCAGGCCGGAGCAGCGGGACGCGGCCGUGCUGCAGACCCACCCGAGCAGCCACGCCAAGCACCAGGCUCAGCUCCCGGAGGAGGUGCCCGAGGUGCUGGAGCGCCUGCUGCUCUCCGAGGGGGCGCGGGACAGCCAGGCCGCACCGGAGGAGCGCACGGACGGGUCGUCUGUGCAGCGUGCCGAGCCGCCUCGCAGCUCGCCGUGCGGCGCAGGGGACGGCGGGGAACGGGCGGCGGCGGAGCAGGCGCCCCAGCUGGCCCGCGGCGCCGCAGAGCCAGGCCGGGCUGCUGGCGAUAAUGGCUCCGAAGCAAAAAGAAGCCAAGAAAUGCGUUUGGAAACCAGUUCUUCCUCAAAUGAAAGGAGCCCUCCCUUCCCAAGGACUGAAAUCAAGAAGGGAACGGUGACCGCUAUAAAAUCCAAAGGUAAGAACGCAGUGUCGCGCUGGUUACAAUUAAACAUCCUUCUAAGCAGGUCACGCGUUACCGUAUUGAGGAAACGCAUCCGUUGCUCCUCGCGCCGUGCCGGGGCGCUGCAGAGCGGCGGUGCCUGGGACACGAGUGACAGCCACACGCAACAGCUCUUGUCAUUUACUUUUUCCCCCCUCACCCGCAGCGUUCUGGGGCGAAUCCGACGACAGCAGCUCCGAGAUCGAGGCCGCUUUGCGCCCACAAAGCCGCAGCCCAGAAGCAGACGAAUUUGAUGACUUCUACGAUUAAGGUUCCCCCGCUUGCUUUGGGGAAGAAAUAACCAAUCUCAUCGCGUACGUGUGGAGAGCGCCGCUGUCUGAAGCGCCGCUCACCACAGUCAAGCAGAAUAGAAAUACAAAAUAAAUAUUCUUUGGUACAACA